UGCGCAACAGCUAGCGAUUGGCAAGCAUGCUGCCCAGGGAUCCUGGCAGAAUGCAGCUGGCCUUGAAAUUCAACACCGAGUCAGUUUUUCCUCACGGCAUUAAUAUCAUUCAUGAAGCGGUCCCCGCCGACACGAAAUUCUCUGUCCCGUUUGGCCGACCUCCUUCCAACUCGGGCCGGGCGUCACAUCUCACCCCAGGUCCACAUGGCAAACACGUUUGACCCCUUAUUUUAGCCGCCGUCAUACCUGGCCAAUGUACAGUAGCAUCUC